CCCAGAAAAUGAUGCAGUUGAUUUGACAUUAGAGGUUGAUGAAUCUCAAUUCUUUAACUCAGAAAAUGAAAAAGAAAAUGAGACAAACAGUUCUCAAGAUGAUCUUAAUGGUAAAAAGUCACAGUUGCAAUUACAUAUCGGUCUUAUAUUUGAUACGACCGACUUUCACUCAGACAAUUCAGGCAUUCGUCAUCAUAGUUAUAAAUGUUCCAAAUCAUGUGUACAUAAGGCUAAAAAAAUAGUCAACAUUACUAAACAGCAUGAAUGCCAUUCUACUGCAAUAGAUUGUGAGUGGCAUAUAAAUUUCAACAAUCAUAAGGGUACUACUGAGAUCACUUGUACGUCACUUGUUGACAAACAUAACCAUGAAAUGGAUCCCAUCAUCGAUCAAACAGCACCACGCUUUCGCAGAUUGUCAGAAGAAAUGCUUGAAGAUAUAAA